UUUUGUUAAACUAAAAAAAUCCCUGUCAUGAGCUGUGACGCAGUAUGUUGAUGAUGGUGUGCAUAACGGAUGUUUGAUGGUAUACUGUGGGCGAGCUGUUUGCUGGGGAGAGCGGAGCGGACGGUGUCAUGAAGGCUGGGGCUAGCUCCAUGUGGGCUUCUUGCUGUGGUCUGCUGAAUGAAGUUAUGGGUACAGGAGCUGUACGAGGGCAACAGACAGGUUUCGGAGGAGGAGCUGGUCCUUUUAGAUUUACACCAAACACUGAUUUCUCACCAUAUCCCUCCUCUUCCUCCGGCAACAUUGUAUGCAAAGCCUGUGGAUUGGCUUUUUCAGUUUUCAGGAAAAAGCACGUGUGCUGUGAUUGCAAGAAGGAUUUUUGUUCAGUAUGUUCCACACUCCAGGAGAACCUCAGACGUUGUAGCACCUGCCGUUUGUUACAAGAAACAGCUUUUCAGCGGCCUCGUUUAAUGAAGCUGAAAGUAAAGGAUCUAAGACAGUAUCUUACCCUUAGAAAUAUCUCCACCGACCAAUGCCGGGAAAAAGAAGAUUUGGUGAACUUGGUACUGUGCCACUACGGUUCAUGCCCAGAAGAAGAAAUGGACACUAAUAUGGAUAGCUCUACGAGAUCACAGACUACUGGCUUCUUUACACCAUUUUUCUCUACAUCUCCUGUACCUUCACCAUCUGUUUCCUCAUCUCAGGGAGAACUAUCAGAACGAAGUGGGAGUGCAUCCAUAUCCCAGGGAACAAGUGAAACUAUAUCUGUAGCAUCUGAUGCGGAAACCCCAGAAGUGCAUUCAACUGAGAUACCUCGUAAGCAAGUAAGAAUAUCUCUGUCAGACCUAUCAACAUUGGAAGAGAUUGAAGCACUGACCAUCCGACAACUAAAGGAGAUCCUUGCCAGGAACUUUGUUAACUACUCAGGCUGCUGUGAGAAAUGGGAGCUAGUGGAGAAAGUCAGCCGCUUGUACCGAGAGAAUCAGGAGAACAGGAAGUCACUGGAUAAUCUGGAAAGCAAUAUUGAUCCAGAGAGAGAGAGACUGCAGCUGGCAGGCAGUGAUGACAACCUGUGUAGGAUUUGCAUGGAUGCAGUAAUUGAUUGCGUUCUUCUGGAGUGUGGUCACAUGGUAACCUGUACCAAAUGCGGAAAGAGGAUGAAUGAGUGUCCUAUUUGCCGACAGUAUGUGGUACGGGCUGUCCAUGUCUUCAAAUCUUAAGCAUCAAGACCAAAUAAUGUGUAGGACUGUUUGAGAAACUGAUGUGUUCUAAACCAAUUGAAAAUGUAUAAAGGAAAUCAUUCUCUGGUGUGUUUAGCAGUUGUAACCUAUUUGAGGCUUAUAGGUCUGAGGUAGUAGUUCACUGAUAAAACCAAUUGUAACCACUUCUAUAAAACAUUUCAUAACAAUAGUCAUUGCACAACCCUAUUAUGCCUGCUGGUAUGAGAGAGCAUUUUGUGAACAGACAUGUUUGUUAAAUUAUCUGAUUGUUCAGCAACUCCCCAACAUCGGGCAGAUUAUUUAAUUUUAAAAUAAAAAGAUCAGAUGGCAUUUUUUGCAAAUAUUAUAUGUAACAUAAGUUUGUGUUUAAAAAGUACCACUCGCAAAAUGUCUUUUUAGGGGUAAUGCAGUAAUACCACACUGACCAAUCAGGUUAAUAGUUUUUUUCUGUUCUAAUCAGAUAAAAUUUAAUAGUAACCUUCCAUAAUGUGCUAGAGUGCUUUCCUAUUGUACUGAUCUCCUGCAGGGAUUAAACCGAGGCACGCAUAGUAUUAUGCUUGAGUAAAUUACACCAUUUCAGUCUGGCACUUUUAAGACCCUUUUAAAGACUUUUUAACUAUCGCUAAUUCUGAAUCAUUCCACUUUAUGGAAAUAACCAAUAACUAAUGUUUAGAGGCUUUGCAUCUGUUUUUACACACAAAAAGAAAACAUCUGCAGUGUGUCACAACGUUCUACUAUUGUAUAAUAAAAGUACAUUUUUAUCACUUUUUUUUUUUUUUUUUUAAUUUGGCCUAGAUCCCAGAACUUACUUUUUGUGUGUAAAAACUAUUGUUUGCGAAUGAUCUAUGUGGAGCCAUCUAGUGGAACUGAUACUUACUGCAGUGCUUUUACAUGAUAACUUGGAUGGACACUGGAUAUAUCGCACGUAACACGUAAAAUAAUUUACAGAUGUGAUUACUGCAUUAGUGUCUGCACAGCUGGAAGACAUCUGAUUAAAUAAUGCUUAAGGGUAUCCAUGUUUUAGCCUGCUUGAUGCAAAUUACAAUUUGAUUAUUCAGCAAACCCAUUCCUUAAAGGGAAUAAAUAAAAAAUGUAUUUACUAUAUUGUAAGUUAAGGCGCAGUUGAAACAGAUGCAUUGGGGGUAUUUUGAGGUAAAUAGGGAAUUCGGGACUGAGCCUCAGUACUCCUAAUGGAACUGCAAAACUCUCCUUUUUAUAGUACGUUAGGAUGUAUCAGUGCGCCUUGUGAACAUGUGAUCCAUAUAAGCCAGUGAUGUGCGUGUGUAUAAAGCUACAUAUAUAUAAUACAUUUUCUGAGUGCUACUUUUUGCAAACGCUCUAUUUUCCAUAUAGUUUGGUGAACAGAGGCUGGAUUCCCCUCUCCUCCCUCGGUUUUGGUUUUAAAUAAUAAUUUCUUUUUGUGAAAUUUGCCACAUCAGAUAUUUCAUUUUUAAGUUGAGCUUUUAAGUUUUAUAUAUUUGCACUUUGGGACACUUUCCUUUAGAAUGUCUUUUUGAUACUCAGUUAAGUAUAUAAUUUUUCUAAUCAUUUAUAUUUCUUUUUUUUUUUACUUUGGUGUGGACCUACAUUUUUUGUUUUUAAUGGAAUACACUCAUUUCGUACACACUAGUGGUGUUAUUGGUUUAAAUGAUGGGGAGGCAUUUUACAACAAACUUGGUUGACAAAACUUUUUUUUUUGAGGUCACCUCCACUUUAUGUAAAUUCAUCACAUGUACCCAGUAAAAAGCAUUCUUAAAGUAUCAGCUUGUGCAGCCCCCAGGUAAUCCCAUCUCUUUAUUACUCAUGUUGGAAAGCACUUUGCUAGAAGUUGAGGAAGAAGAUAAAGAAAAUGCUUUUUAUUAUAACUUUUUUUUUAUAUUUGCAAAUUGUGUUCCCUUUAAUUUGAAUUCCAAUUGAUUACAAGAACAAUUUUUAUAAUUGACCAUGAAUGGGUGAAGUAUGUUGCUCAGUCUUUAGAUCAGACAACUUUUAAAAGUGCGUUUGCUGUUGUGUUCUGUUAUAACCUUACUUGUAAUCACCUGUAGUGUGAACUUUUUGUGGAUAUUAACCAGGUUUAUAUCAUAGGAUGACACCCACGAUAUGCCCUUUCCUUGAAACUAUUCACUUCGUUUUACUUUUUAAUCUGUACAGACUCAACAGAAUGGAACCCUUGAAGUCUGCCGGUCGUUAUAUUCUGUAUUUAGCAUACAAACUCUUGAUGUCUGUCUUCUGUUUUUAUUCAUUACCAUUUCACAUACUUUAGCUUUCCUCUAUUCUCUGGCCCAUACAGAUAUCUGCCUAGGUCUUGUUACAUCUCACACCAACUGUUUGUUUUAAAUGGCACAAUUGCUAAUCUACUUAAUAGUACAAUGAUCUAUACAAAUACUCCGGUUUAACAGUUCCCUGACUAUUAAUAUACAAGGGGGUAAUAAGCAAGUCCAGAUCUGAGAGCGGUGCCGGAGCCUGUUUGCACCUGUAUCUUAAAAGCUUGUUAUUCAUCAUAUCUUUAUCUUGUACAAGGAAAUCCACAUAUCUUUUUCUAACUGCACUGCUGGCCUCUGUGGCUGUGAAGGGGUUGGAUAGACAAAAAGCUUCUAUGUUGUCUAUAUCAUUAUAAAGCAUGUUUUAAACAUAAUGUAUAGGUUUUGCAUGAAAAAUGGGUGAUCUAAUAUUUGUAUUAUUUUGCCACAUAGACAAUUGUUGAGAGUUGAUGUAAUAAUCACUAUGGUUCACCCAAUAAAUAUAAAUUGUAGAGUAUCUUUGCGAUCAAACAGUAGCCACAAAAAAAGUUUUUUUGUUGAAAUUACCAAAGAUGGUGGAAUGGUGACACUGUUUUAUAUAGUGAUUAUGAUUUAACAAGGGAGGGAAAAGCAGGUGUCUGAAGAAAAAAGGUUUUAUUUUAUUGUUAAAAAAUAGACCAAUAAAAAUGGACUCGGUAUACUGUGUAGAAAUCUACAAUAUAUGCAAGGUAUUGGAUUCCAUAAAAUAUUCUAUAUUUUGGGGAAACCAUACCAAUGUCACAGCCACAUAUUUGGGAAGUAGAUCAAAUUAGAAUAGAGUUUAUAGCAAAUUAAGUAUAUUUUCUUGGAUCUUAUCAUUCAGCGGUAGGACGUUGUCAGCCUUAAAACUGAUAUUUAUAUUGUAAAGUAACUGCUAUGAACUCAGUUUUUGAAUUCCGUAAAAUCCAUUUUUUCUAAAUUUGCAGAAUUAUCCUAUUGGUUGUGCAGGAUUACAGCAGAAUAUCGUUUGGAUUUUUUUUUAAUUACAUUUAGUGAGUUAUAUUAUGAUGGUGCUCAGUAGAUUUUUAUUCUGUUGUGGAACAUAUGUUGAACUAAUUCCACAAUAGGUGAAUUACAUUCUGGUUUUUGUUGUGUGUGUGUGUGUGUGUGUGUGUUUUUGUUUUGUUUUUUAAAUCCACACUUAAAGGGAUAUGAAACCCAAACAUUUUCUUUUAUGAUUCAGACAGAGUAUACUAUUUUUAAAAAGUUUCCAUUUUACUUCUAUUAUCAAAUUUGCUUUGUUCCCAUGAUAUUCUGUGUUGAAGAAGGGAUACCUAGGUAGGCAUCUGGAGCUUCCAUCUAUACAGUAUGUGUGUAUAUAUAUAUAUAUAUAUAUAUAUAUAUAUAUGUGUGUGUGUAUAUGUAUGUGUAUAUAUAAUAAUACACACACACACACACACACAGUGCUCUCCACUAAUAUUGGCAAAAUUGUCUUUAUUGUUUAACCCUUUUGAUCUUUUUAAAAAAAAUACACUAAUAUCAUGGAUAUCAAACAAUUGCAAACACAACACAGGUUUAUCUCAGGCUUAGUCAAUACUUUGUGCUACCUCCCUUUGCUAAGAUAACAGUUCUGAGUCUUCUCCACUGAUGCCUGAUGAUGUUAGAGUAUACAUGGUAAGGGAUCUGAGACAAUUCCUCCAUACAGAAUCUCUCCAGAUCCUUUAAAUUUUGAGGUUGAUGCUGGUGGACUCUCCUCUUCAGUUCACCCCACAGGUUUUCUAUGGGGUUCAAGUCAGGGGACUGGGAUAACCACCCAUGUAUUUUUUUUUUUGGGGGGAAUCAUUGUCCAGUUGGAAGAUCCAACCACAUCUCAUUUAAGCUUUUUGGCAGAGAUAGUCAGGUGUUCAUUUUAUAUCUGUUGAUAUUUGAUGGUCUAUGAUGCCAUGUAUCCUAACAAAAUGUCCAGGUCCUCUGGCAGAAUAACAACCCCAAAACAUUAAAGAGCCACCACUAUAGUUAACAGUGGGCAUGAGGUACUUUUCCAUAUGGCUACCUUUCUGUGUGCACCAAACCCAUCUCUGGUGUUUAUUACCAACAAGCUCAAUUUUGAUUUUAUCUGACUACUUGAAGUUCCAGUAGUGUCUGGCAAACUAAAGACGCUUGAGUUUGUUUUUGGAUCAGAUUUGGUGUCUUUUGGUGAUGUAGGUGAUGUUGGAUUGUAGUUUGACUUUCUGACCCCAAGACGCAACUAACUUCUGCAAUUCUCCAGCAGAUAUUUUGGUCACUCGAACCAUCCUCUUCACAGUGCUUUGAGACAAUAAACACAAUAGACUCUUCCAAGUUGAUUCUUAACCUUUUAAUGCUGUUAUGCCGUUGUAUUCCAUCACAACGGCACUGGACUUUAAAGCUGUUAUGACGGAAUACAACGUCAUCGCAAACGGCUGUCCUGAAGCAUACUAGGCUUGCAGGAUGUGAUCAUGGUCUGGAGGGCGUUCCUAGCGUCAUAGGGACGCCCCCCAGACCCGAUCCCAUAAUUGAAAUCUUGCGAUCGUUUGCACAAUUGCGUGAUUUCAAUUUGUCUACAUCAGAACGUUUUUCCAAUGUAGACUUUAUAACCCUGUCAUGAAAGGGUUAACAUUUCCAGUUGACUGGACCAUCUUAAUUGUUACGCUGUUGGUUGAAAUAGGCAUUUUCAAUGCAUUUGCUUUUUUCUUAUAGACACUUCCCAUUUUGUGAAGCUCAACAACCUUUUGCCGCACAUCACAGCUAUAUUCCUUGGUCUUACCCAUUGUGAUGGGUAAGGGAAUUUGGCCUAUGUGAUACCUCAUAUUUAUACCCCUGUGAAACAGGAAGUCAUGGUUGAACAUUUCCUGUUCCUAGUCGCACAGGUGUACUAAAAAAUGUAAAAUAUCAAUGGGAAUAUACUUCAAAUUAAUUCAUAGGGGUUCCAAUAAUUGUGCCACAAAUAUAUUUAAAGGGACAGUUUACACUCAUUUUCAUAUAACUGCAUGUAAUAGACACUACUAUAAAGAAUAAGAUGCACAGAUAUUGAUAUAAAAAUCCAGUAUAAAAUGGUUUAAAAACGUACUUAGAAGCUUUCAGUUUAGCUCUGUUGAAAAGGCAGUUGGAAAGCCCACUGCAAGUGGGAAAUAAGACACUCCCCUCCCUCCCCCUUCUUUUGCAUAUGAAAAGAGCCUUUACACAAACAGAAGCAAGCUGGAGAAGGUAGCUGACGGUAUUCAAAUAAAACUUUGGGGCUUGGUUAGGAGUUUGAAAAUCAAAGCAAUGUUCUUUAAAAAUAAGCAAAAUUAGACAUUUUAAAAAAAAUGCAAAGGAAAAAUGAGUGUAUAAUGGCCCUAUAACAAAUAUUUAUUUGUUUUGAUAAACCUGUGUUGUGUUUGCCAUUGUUUGAUAUCCAUGAGAGCAAAGUAUUUUUGUGUAUUUUUUUUUAACAAAAGUUUAAACAAUAAAGACACAUUUUCACUGCCUUCUUUGCUCAUAUUUACCAAAUUAGUGGAGGGCACUAUGUGUGUGUGUAUAUAAUAUAUAUAUAUAGAUAGAUAGAUAGAUGUGUGUGUGUAUAUAUAUAUAUAUAUAUAUAUAUAUAUAUAUAUAUAUGUGUAUAUGUGUGUUUGGUUUUUAUGGCCAAAAAUGGUGUGUACAUAUACUGAUUAUUUAACAAAAAGAGAGGAAACUACAAUCCUAUUACAUUAAUCAUUUCCAUAUGUGAUAUGUUUGAGACACACACAGACACAAACGCAAUUGUUAUAUUCACUAUGGUUCGAUCAAUAAAUAUAAAUGAUGGUUUCUUGAGAUUGGUGGAAUGGUUGUCUAAUAUACUGUAUUGUUUAAAGAGACAGGAAUCGCCGCAAUUCAACCCAAUCAAAUACGAUCAGGUUUAUUGACACCUCCCUGCUGGCGGCCGAUUGGCUGCAAGUCUGCAGGGGGCGGCGUUGCACCAGCAGCUCUUGUGAGCUGCUGGUGCAAUGCUGAAUACGGAGAGCGUAUUGCUCUCCGCAUUAAGCAAUGUCUGUCGGACCUGAUCCGCACUGUCGGAUCAGGUCCAACAGACAUAUGAUAAAUAGGCCUCUGUGUGUAUGUGUAUAUAUGUAUAUUGCCACUACUGCCUCUUAAAGCAGAUGAGUAGUUUGAAUGCAGGUGCAUGAGGUAUAUAUGCAUUUUUUUCUAGAACCAUGUUUGCAAAUACGUAUGUAUUUCAAACUUUCAAUUGCAUUCAUUUUAGUAUUUUACAUCCCUUUUAGUUAAAUGGAACAGCAAAGCCCCCCCCCCCCCCCAUGAUGAAACCGUUCAUUAAAUUGAUUUUAUGCAAUACAGGUAACAUUUUUCAAGUCAAGAUCACUUAUUUUUCUUGCUUUAAAUACAUUUUGUGUGUUUGUAAACUUGUUUAAAAUGUAUGUGAGAAUUUUGCAAUGUGUUCUUUAUUGAAUACAUUUCCAUAUUUGCUUUCAUUAAAGGGACAUUAAACCCAAAAAAAAUCUUUAAUAAUUUAGAUAGAGAAUACAAUUAAAAAAAAAAAUCCAAUUUACUUCUAUUAUCAAAUUUUGGUUUUUUUCUUUGUGGAAGAAGUAUCUAGAUAUAUAUCGAACACUACAUGAAAGGAAAUAGUGCUGCCAUCUUGUGCUCUUUCUAAUGCAUAACAUUGCAGCACUAUAUGGCAGCAGCAUUGCAACACACGUGCACGCUCCUGAACUUACCUUCAUGCUUUUCAACAAAAAUGAACAAUGAAAAUUGGAUAGUACAAGUCAAUUGGAAAGUUGUUUUAAAAUUAUAUGCUCUAUCUGAAUAAGGAAAGACAAAAUUUGGGUUUUAUGUCCCUUUAAGGGGACGAUGAAGCAUUAUUUAUGGGGUUCCUAAAUCGGAGAUGUCUUACAGCAACGGGCUUAUUAAUGAGAUAUAUAUAUAUAUAUAUAUAUAUAUAUAUAUAUAUAUAUUUUAAAGGUCCAAUACAGCAAGUACAACAACACUAGACGUUGCCUGCUGCCUUUCAGAGCCCAAUGAUCAAACAGUUUAGUUUUAUAAUCAAAUGUAGCUACAAUUUAUUGUUCCUGUUGAGUUUGUUUUAUUUUGUGAAUGAGAAUGUGAUGCUGAUUUCAUAUGGAAUUUUUCUUUCAUAUAAAUAGUUGUGUAGAAAUAUAAUAUCCUGCAGAUGCCUAUAUUGGAAAACUCAGUAUUUCAUAUCAUUUGACACAUAUAUUUUUUUCUACAUGACCUACACUUGUUAUAGAAUAUUAUAAAUGUGCCAGAAGAGGAAAUGUUUAAGAUUCAUCAAACAACUAGGUGUUAUAAAACCUUUGAAUACAUUUGUUCUUCAUGAAGAGAAUAGCUUGAGGUGUUUUUCAAGUCUCCUAAUACCAAAAGGGGUUGUACAUACCAAAUGGUUUUUCUCAUACAGAUAAAGUACCCAACAUUAUUUUUUUGUGUAUUUUUUUUUUUAGAUUUGAGAAACAUUUAAUACAGUUGUACAUUGUAUAUUACUGAACUUGGCUUAAUUUUAUGCAUUGCAAAUGUGUAUGUCAUUAAAUCAUUGUCAGUUGUGUUAAACAUAUUUUCUUAUUGUUUUGAGAUCUAUUAUGCAUAUUUUAUUGCAUAUGGUAUAUACAUAUUUUUUGUUUAAGUAUAAACAAUAAAUGAAGCCUCAACUAUUGAUGUUUAUUAAUUUGCUUUUCUUAUAGGAAAUUGCCUGUUUUGAGCAGUACUUUUAUUAAAGGUUUGUAAUGGGUAGCUACCUUUGUGAUCUGAUUUUGUUUGAAAUUUGGUUACUCAGUAUAUUAAAAGAAAACAAAACUGUUCAUUUACUUGACCUAAAAUACAUUUAACAGAUUUGAAAUGCAGUUUUUUUUGUAAUUUGUGUGGCUUUUUUUUUUAAAAUAAAUCAUGUUUCAUAUUUUAAA